GGCGGGCUCAUGUUGUCCAGCAUGUUGUAGAGCAGGAAGUCCUCAUCGUCCUCACUUUGUUUGGCCUCUGCCAGGUCCAGCGGGAAGACCAACGCCGCCUGCCGAAGCCCCGCCUCUUCGGCCCGGUCCAUGCAGGCGAGCGAAGUGAGGGAAGGGGGGUGGUGCCUGAGCAGCAGGUGGCUGCUGAUGGUGGUCUUCAGGUCGCAGGUGAACUGGCAAAGCUUACAGCGGUAAAUCUCCACCAGGAAGGAUUCUGCCAGGCCGCUGAGGCCAUCAAUCAUGUCACAGUACAGACUGGCUCUAACAGCGCCGCCGCUCAGCUGUAACGUUACGGGACUGACGUCACGGUAACGUUGCUUCCAGCUUGAAUUUGUGACGUCACCGCCGGCCGCAGGUUCCGUAUGUGACGUGUGCUGGAUGUCGUGCCCUUUGACCCUGUAGGGGGACAUUGUUCCGUCUGAUGUCACUGACGAAAGCUCGGUUAGAGAAACGGAGUAAAGAUGGAGGUCUGAGCCAAUGGUUGAUUUAAAAAAGGCAGAAAUUGUCACGUGAAGUCUACGCGAUCAGGCUACAACGGUGCUAAUGGUGGAGAAGAUCGUGGAUAAGAGGAAGAGCAAAAAGGGGAGGGUGGAGUACCUGGUCAGGUGGAGAGGUUAUGGCUCUGAGGGUGACACCUGGGAACCUGAGAGUCACCUGUCCACAUGCAUGGUGUACGUGCACGAAUUUAAUCGCCAGCAGGUACAGCGUCAGAGAAACACCACCUUGUUGCGCUCCACCCGCAGCUAUCUUUGUGGCUCGGCCUCCAGACCCCACUGCGGCCCACCCCCAGACCCCAGCCAACCUCUGACCACGGGCCCGAAUCAAACCUCAGAGGGUCGAUCCUCCACUUUACUAAACAACCUGUCACACUCGUCGGUGAGUCCGAUGUCAGCACAUCUGGUCGGUCCCACCCGGCGCAGCCUGGACUUCUUCAAAAGCGGGAUUAAGAUCCUGGUCCCCAAGAGUCCCAUGAAUAGCCACUUGGACUCCGAGGACUCCCCCAGUGAGGCGGCACACAGUCUGGACGUUGGAGCCCGCGACGCCCAUACUGUCGCGCCAGAGGUCGCCCUCCAGCAACCCACCGGGUUCCAGCUAGGCCCGGGGGAGGAGCGUGCUCGCAUGGGGAUCAGGUCACGCUGCCCAAACACCCAGGCCACGCCACGUUUGCCCAUCACGCCUGGCGCCAUGUGCUCCCUGAGUGGGACAGGCGCCUCGGGAAUGAUGGAGGCCCUUACUGCUGGCAGGAUGUCUGGGCCGCAGAGCUCGGUUACCGUGGUGACGGGCGCAACAGCAAAGCGCCGUCUGGAGGAGCGCUGCGCUUUUGACAAGCGUUUGCGCUUCAGUGUGCGGCAGACCGAGAGUGCCUACCGCUACCGCGACAUCGUGGUGAAGAAGCAAGACGGCUUCACGCACAUCAUGUUGUCCACCAAGAGCUCGGAGAACAACGCCCUCAACCCUGAGGUGAUGAAGGAGAUCCAGAGCGCAAUGGCAACGGCGGCAUCGGACGACAGCAAGCUGGUGUUGUUGGGCGCCAUCGGGAGCGUCUUCUGCUGCGGCCUCGACUUCCUGCGCUUCAUCAAAUGUUUGACGGAAGACAGGAAGAAGGAGAGCAUCAAAAUGGCUGAAAUCAUCAGGACAUUCGUCAACACUUUUAUCCAGUUCAGGAAGCCCAUCGUAGCUGCCGUUAACGGGCCGGCUGUCGGCCUGGGUGCUGCCAUUUUGCCACUCUGUGACGUGGUCUGGGCCAACGAGAAGGCCUGGUUCCAGACGCCGUACACGUCUUACGGACAGACCCCCGACGCCUGCUCCUCCUUCACCUUCCCCCGCAUCAUGGGCCCGCCCUCGGCUAACGAGCUGCUUCUAAGUGGCAGGAAGUUGACGGCUCAGGAGGCGUGUUCUAAAGGAUUGGUGUCGCAGGUUCUGUGGACGGGAACCUUCGCACAGGAAGUGAUGUUGAGAAUCAAAGAGCUGGUAGCAGUCGACUCUCUUGUUUUGCGUGAGUCCAAAGCCCUGGUGAGGAACACCAGCCGCAGUGCGCUUGAGCAAACCAACGAGCGCGAGUGCGAGGCCUUGAAGAGAAUUUGGGGCUCGUCGCAGGGAACCGACGCCAUCUUAAAGCACCUGCAGAAAAAGUCGGAGCUCUACUAGGAAUCUUUUUAGGAGCAGAACUUGAUUGUAGGAGAAUAAACUGCAGUAUGUGAUAAGAGCUAAGCUAGCUCAUUAGUUCACCUGAGUCUCCUCCAUCCCAGCAUGAAAGUCCUUAGAACUGGGUAGAAACGACGGAAACUGCUGGGCAAUUGACUUUUGGGCGUGCUCCUGUCCUGGUUCACAUGGAUGCCAUAUCAUUGUGCCUUUUACUGAGAGUGAACUUUAACCUUUUGCCCUAAUCUCCUCUAACCUUAACGAGAAAUGAUGUUUUCAUCUUUUCUGAAAGCGAGUGAAGCUGGGAUAGGCUCCAGCAACCCCUCCUCCUGCCCCCACCGCAAGAGGGACAAGCGGUAGAAAAUGAAUGGGUGGAUAAAAGACAUGAAGUGACGUCGACCCCUACCGUUAAGAAAAACACCAACUUGUUCUCAAGUUUUAAAUUAUGAUUAAAACUAUAUGGACCACCAGAUUAAAUAUGUUGGAAAGUCUCGGCCAUUUUCUAACUUUUUCCAAAUGUAAAAUGUGUGCAGCAGUUUUUGGUCAUCAAAUAGAUGUCUUUAUAGUGCCGUCAAACAAUUACAUUUUGUACUCAGAUUUAUGUGGAUUUGGAUAAAUUACAAUUAAAUAUUUUAUUGUAAAUUAAUGGAUUUUGCAUUAACAAAGAGUGAAGAAAGACAAAGUACUAUUUAUUCACUUGACAUGUUUAUUAAACACCUUUAACAUAGCAAA